AAGCAAAUGAAGUCUGAAGCAGUUGCCCAAAAUAACGUCUAGUCUCCAUCGUAGGGCUGCUCCGUGCAGCAUAUGACAGUGCUUAGGUGCGAUAAAUUGUUUAGGUACGUUAACUUAAAUCCUGCUCAAGAUGAGGAACACAGUAAAUUGCGAUCAUGAGUGAAGCUCCAGUAUUGCGGAAGGCUAUUCCACAGGCUCAGUCUACCGCCAGUGGUCACACUCAGAUGACAUCACGGCCACUACACAUCACUGAGCCAACUGCCUCCAAACGUGUGUGCUUUUAUAAAAGUGGUGAUUCUCAGUUCAGCGGUCUGCCUGUGGUUAUCAACAGCCGCACCUUUAAAACCUUUGAGGCUCUCCUGGAUAGCCUAUCUAAACGUGUGCCACUGCCAUUUGGUGUGCGCACUAUUACAACUCCUCGUGGUCAUACGGCGGUUCAGUCUCUUGAUCAGUUACAUCAUGGUCACUCCUACAUUUGCUCUGAUCGUCGAACUGUCAAACCUAUUGACUUGGAACGAGCACGCCGGAAACUGCCUCCCUGGUAUCACGCUCGUCCUGUUAGUGCCCGUUGCUUGGCUUGGUAUACACAUAGCUCUGCUCAACAUGGAACCUUAAGCGCAAGACGGAAUGAGCAUGCCAUCUUGUUGCACACACCAAAGCGGCUAGUACUGUUUCGUAAUGGAGAGCCAGAAGUGAAGCACACCCUGAUGCUGCAGAGAAGAACAACAUACUCAUUUGACGUAUUGUUAGAUCGCAUGUCAGAGGUUAUGCACUUCCCGGUGCUCAGGUUACAUUCACCUGAUGGAAGAAGGGUGGAUGGGCUUCCUGCAUUGAUAUUAUGCUCUGGGGUAUUGGUGGCUGCUGGCCGGGAACCUUUCAAAAAAAUAAACUAUGAUGUUCAGAAGUCAUCUCCACCAAUGUGGCUGCCAGUUAAAAGACUGGGACGGCGACAUCCAAUAGCCAGUAACAACCCAAAUGGCUCUGUGGAAGUAGAGCCUGGACAGCAUCUUGAGUCAGUUGCUGAAACAGAAGUCAUUACCAGUCGGGAUGGUGAGAAAGAGGAUGACACACACAUGCCUUCUGAUGAUGACAUUGAGAAAGCUUUCAGAGUCAAUCAAGAUGGAAAGGUCAGCGAGAGUAACCCUAAUGACAGCAACCAUUUCUGCCCUGAGGAUGGCUGUAAGGUAAAUGAAGAGACUGAGAUAAGUGGAGGUGCUGCAAGCAUGGAGUUAGAGCGACUACCCUCACCACUUUCCCACUUUCCAGGGUUGCACAAGGUACAACACAAACAAGAAUCCACUGAGAGCAUCAAGACAGAGAACUGUGUGGAGAUUCCUGAAGAAAUCAAUGAGUAUGAAGAAAAUGAGAAUAAUUUUAAGGAGGCAAGAGCAAGUACUGUUGCAAAGCCUAUCGGUAGUCUACAAGACCAGGAAAACCACAUCAGUGUAACUAAUCGAGAGGCAUCAAAGAUGAUCAAAACCACAGAAAGUGGAUCAAUGGAUUCAGUCUCAUCAUCAUUAGCAUUCAGUUAUGAUUCCAAAAACAGUGAUUUGGCAAAAGAUUCAGAGGCACACAUUCAGACCAACAGAGUGAAAUCCAUCAGAGACAUGUUUCUUGCCAAGAGCAAUACAGACAUGCGGCAUGGACAGGCACAGCUGAGCAGCCCAAGUUCUGAACUGUCAAAUUACCAACUUGAAUCUUCUCACAGAAAAGAAUACCAAUUAUUAACAUCCUCAGAGGUGUCAAGAGAAGAUAAAAACACAUGCAGGUUGUCUAUUGCAAAGGGUUAUGUAAAAAGAACAAUUGAGCAGCUUUAUGGAAAAGGCUCUAAAGGAUGUAGUUCCGAUGAGAAGAGAUCUCCUUCAACUGACAAAGUCGAGAAGAGAGAAGGUCUUAGAGGUACAACUGCCUCAAGUCUACCCUCCCUCCAUGAAGUUCACACAAAUGCCGUUCCAGAUUUGUCAUACUUUAAUGCCACAAGCUCAGUAGAUACUUUAAAUGAGCCAAUGAACUGUGUCACUCUGAAUGCCAGGGUGGGACCCAAGGAUGCGGUCUUAAUUGAUAAGGCUCGCUGGUUACUUAGGGAAAAUCAAAUGAGUCUGAAAUCUUGUUCGGAGAAUGUAGACACAUCCAAGAAUAUAGAAGACAAGGAUGUGUUGGCUGAGUCAGAGCAAGAAUCUAACAAGAAGAAGAGUGCCCAGGGAGGAUAA